AUGACAAACUGAGGGCGUCAGUGCUCCACGCAGGAGGGAGGAGUUACAUCACAUUGACGCAUUGACGUUCUGUGCGUGCCGAACCAACCAGGAAAUAAAAGUAAACAAGGCAAAGGGAGACGAAAUGUUUUGUAACGUCAGUCACCCGUUCUUAUUCGGAUACUGGGAUUUUUUGUGAUCCGUAAUGCACGAAGGACUCACAUCCAGAUAAGGACCCAGUUAGAGGCAGGCUGGAAACCGAUUUAGCCAUGUUAGCCAUCAGAUCGUCAGAGGAGGAGUCCACUGAGAUGGAGGAGAUGGACACCUCAGAGCCCAACUGGUGCUGGUUUUACCUGGCUGAGUGUGGAGUGUGGCAUAUGUUUGAGAUUGAUCCCAGUGCAGCGUGCUCUGUUACGAGUGCACAGAUUGAGCAGUGCUACAACAGAAACCAGCGAGGUGUCAUGGAGUUCUACACGGCCAAGUACACGUACAGACUGGACUUCUCAGUGAUGCGUCAGAUAAAUGUAACGACAGGGAAGCAGCGGCCAAUCAAACGCUCCCUCCACUCUGCAACUGGCUUUAGGUUUAUUUGUGAUAAUCUCGCCUUGCCUGUGCCGUGUCAUUGGGAGAGAAUCAAUACAGAUGAGCCGUAUCAGCUCAUCCAGCUUGGAAGAGACACCUAUGAAUUUAAAGAAGUCGCCAGACUGUAUGAAAGGACGAUGGAUCAUCCAAUCAAAUCCAUCCAGAGAAUUCAGAACCUGGACUUAUGGGAAUUCUUCUGCAGGAAGAAAACACAGUUGCGAAAAGUGAAGCGCACAUUGGAUAUUGAGGAGCGAAUGCUGUUUCAUGGCACAGGACACAGCAACAUACAAGCUAUAUGUACAUUUAACUUUGACUGGCGGCUGACAGGAAGCCAUGGAGAUGUCUAUGGCAAAGGGAGCUACUUCGCCCGGGAUGCGAAAUAUUCCAGUAAAUUCUGUCACACCACAGGGAAGCACAACACCACCCUGCAGAGACACGGACUCGCCCCGCCAAUAUUUGCUAGCGAGCCGCCCUACAAGACCAUGUUCCUGGCCCGAGUGCUUGUCGGAGAGUACACAGUCGGACAUCCUAUGUACUGCAGACCACCGUCUAAGGACGCCAGCUUCACCAACUUUUAUGACAGUUGUGUGGACGAUAUGGCCAAUCCAAAGAUUUAUGUCAUUUUUGACAGCAAUCAGAUUUACCCGGAGUAUCUGAUUGAGUUCUACUGAAGCCCGAUGAGAGGACUGUUUAAGUAGAGUCUGGAUCUCAAACAGAAGAAUAGGAAAUGGAAAAAAGACGCGGCUUGUUUUUUCUUUUUCAGAUCCAGAGCCGAGCAGGAGUUUGGGUCAUCUAAAGUGCCUUUGGGGAAAUUGGAAAAAACAAGACAAUAAAGACUUUGUGUACAGUUUCUAUACUGUACAGUGUACUCUAAAAUGGGCACUUGUGGUUGGAGUGUGUCUGCAAUGUAAAAAGGAUGAAAACACAAAAAUUAGCCUUAGUGGCAAUUUUGUAUUAAAUGCAGAAAUAUGUGCUUGCUUGUUCAAUAUCUGUGCACAGUUGUUUAAAAAUAAGAAUGGCACUUGCAGCCUGUAGUUCAGUGAUACUCAACUUACAGCCUGUGGUUGUCUGACAUCAGACAGAAUUAACAACUCGUUACACUCAAACCCUUUUUCCACCAAAAUUAGUGCAUGCAUAAAAAUAGGCUAUAGACUCCUCUCCCACUGCCAGUAGACCAGGGCUGUGUACACCGCUCUGCAGCAGACGUGUAUGCCUUUCUGUGUGUGUGUGUCCCAUUUGACUUCAAACACAGGCAAGCAAACAGUAAAAAGCAGCAUGGAUGGAGGUCUGUGAAAACUUCAUGGUGGUUACUUCUCUGCUGACCA